AAUUCAUGUACAGGUCGCUUGUACACGUUUGGUGGAUUUGAUGGUUCUUUAAAUUCUUUAAAUUCAAUGGAAAGUUUUGAUCCAAGAGAAGGGAAAUGGGAAUCACUAAAACCAAUGAAUGAGAAAAGAGGGGCAUUGUGUGGUGUUGUUUACAAUGAUGAGAUUUACGCCAUUGGUGGUAGUGGAAGAAGUGUAGAGCGGUAUAACAUACGAACCAACACUUGGACCAAAGUUAGCAGCUUGAACCACGUGCGGUAUGGUUCUUGUGCUUGUGUUGUGAAUGGGAAGAUAUACGUCAUUGGAGGCCAUGGUGAUGAUGCAUCAACAUCAAUUGAGGCUUAUGAUGCAACAAUCAAUGAAUGGAAGAUUGAAACCAACAUGGAGACACCAAGAAAUGAUGCAUCAGUUGUAGCUUUGUAAACAAAGUAAAAAAUUGUUUUAAACAAGCUUUUCCCUUCAUACAUUUACUAAUUAAAAGUUAGUUUCAUACUUUCAUUUAUUACAUCACAAUUCACUCUAUGCACUUUAAAUGUGUUCUAUCAACCAUUGAAGUAUAAACUAGACAACCAGAUCAAGCAAAUGAAUUUAUUUCAAUCUGAGAAAAAAAUGUUUCUAACUGAGGUGUUUUUCUUGGUUUAAACAACUUUUAAGUAGUACGUAUAUACAUAUUUUAGCUUUUCUUAAUUUCCCCAUCACUAUCCUGUCUUUGCAAUUGAAUUGUGAACUCAUUGUUUUAAUUAGAGUGUGUUGAAACAACUUGUAAUUAAAGCUUGAUUUUA